GAAAGGCCAAACUGGCUCAAAGAAUGCGAGAAAUAAGAGCCACCGAAACUCCUGAUCAAAGAAAGAUAAGACUUGAGAAAGCCGCAGCACGAGCCCGUCAUAAAUUCCUAACAGAAAGUUCCGAAGAACGAAUGGAAAGGAACCGCAAAAAGGCAGAAUAUGCACGAUUAUUCCGGAACAACAAACAACAGAAUCAACCUGCUCAAGAACAAGUGCAAGAUUUAACACCCAUGAAAAAUACAAACCCAAAUGAAAUCAAAGCCGAGCAACAACCACCUCCUCAGACGAAUGCGACCAAUACGACGCAUCACAAUCCCACAGUCAUUCCACAGAAUCCGGAACCGGCCCCUCCGAUAUGCAGGGACCAACCUUAUCCUCCGGCGUCGAAAAACUAUCCCAUCAAUUAUCAUGAAUUUGGUGCCGCAUUUCCUACGUUCUUCAACUAUCCCCACCUGAAGAACGGCCAGCAGAGCUCGUACAGCCCGGUGUAUCCUUCGCAAAGCUACUACCCGGACUUGUCCGUCCCGACACAUUACGGCACCAAAAACGACCGGACAACGUUUCCGGCGGAAAAACCGCCGGAAUGUGUCCAGCCAUCCCAUCAGAACCACCUGAAAGGAACUACUCAAAAGAACUGAUCUGAUUUCAAAAUGCCAUCAACUAUUACCACGCUACAUACUUAUGAUACUGUAUAUUCCGCUGAUUCUGUAGAAUGGUGCCCUCACAAUCCGUACCAGCAGUUGUUUGUCUGUGGAACAUAUCAACUAGACGACAAAGGAGAAUCCCUAACGAGCAAUACGAGCCAAACUGUUCGCAAAGGUCGAAUAUUGCUGUUCAACUACGAUUCGGCAGAAAAUGUACUGAAAAACACACAGUGCAUAGAAACUGCGGCAAUACUGGAUCAGAAAUGGCACCCAUCACACGCCAUUUUAUCCACGGUGGACGCCAGUGGUGAGGUUGCCAUGUUCAAAUUAUCUUCGGACGAACAAUUGAUCCAAAGGGACACGCUGAAGAUCCCUAACGAUUCCGAAGGCGAGCAGUUAGCUCUCUCGAUUGAUUGGUCUUUAGGAGGAGACAAGGCAGCGGUUAGCGACUCUAAAGGGGGCAUCUCCCUGAUAACUAAUGCAUCGGACGGAAUGCAAUGCACCAGCCGUUGGAAUGCUCACUCCUUCGAAGCGUGGAUAUGUGCCUUUGACAAAACCGAUCAGAACAUACUCUACACGGGUGGAGACGAUAUUCUCCUAUGUGUCUACGACAUUCGAUGUGCUGACGCUGCUAUGCUGAGACUGAAGAAUAAAACCCACGGAGCAGGUGUUACGUCUUUACUUUCGCUCCACAACAGGGAGCACCUUCUGGUUACGGGCAGCUACGACGACUGCAUCAGAUUGUUCGACACGAGAUCUAUGCGGAGCUGUAUCAGCGAAAUCAAUCUCGGAGGUGGUGUUUGGCGAUUGAAACCUAAUCCUAGUCAACCCGAGCAGAUAUUAUGCGCCUGUAUGUACCACAACUUCAGUGUUGUCUCGCUGAACAGUGACCAGAGUAUCACGCUUGAUGCGGAGUAUAAUGAACACGAUAGCAUUUGCUACGGAUGCGACUGGAAGUACGGAUUAACCGAGGGCUUGGCCAAAUAUUUUGCAUCUUGUUCAUUCUAUGAUCACAAAAUGUGUUUGGCAGUUCUGAAGACAGAAAAAUAAAAUUUAAUAAAAUAAUUCAAA